AUGGGCCCCUACCCGCGUACGAGUAGGGGAAAACAAUGCAUACUGGUCGCCACGGACCUGUUUAGUAGAUGGACCGAGGCAUACCCCCUCGGAACAGCCACUACAAAAACAAUAACCGAAACACUCGAACGAGAAUUCUUUUCACGUUUCGGAUACCCCCGUGUGUGCUUAAGCGAUAACGGCCCACAGUUCGUAGCAAACGAUAUGCGUAAAGCGAUCGAACAGUGGGGGGCCGAGGGCUGGACAACUCCGGUAUAUCACCCGAGGGCCAACCCAGUCGAACGCCGUAAUCAGGAAUUAAAAAAAGGUCUACGCGCGCUACUCAUCGACGGCAACCACAACACCUGGGACACCAAGCUAGCCCCCAUUCUUUUUUCGAUCAGGAACAGGCGUAACGACCGGACAGGAUAUCCACCAUCGGUACUCGUCCUCGGGAGAGAGGGCAAAAGGCCGGGGGACUGGAUACUGUCGCGGACAGCGGACAACCCGAUCGAACAAAUAAACAUGGCUAGGGCGAGUCGCGAAAACAAUGUACUGACCGCACCACCGGUAACAGGUGGGCCGACGGACACAAAGUACAAAACAGGUGACACAGUGUACUACAAGGCACACCACCUGUCAAACGCGCACAAAAAAUUUCACGCCGGCUUCGCACCGAAAUGGUGGGGACAGGUAAAGCUACACAAACGCGUAGGCAAAGGUGUGUUCACCACAGACCAACAGCCAACACGCAAGAUCCACGUGUCCUGCCUAAAACGCACAAACACCGCAGCGCCCAAAACACCCCCCACCCAACCCCCACCCCAACCAUAA